AUGGCUUCCCAACCACAAUGGCCGUUAAAAUUUGAGGAGGUCACAAGAAGCUCUAUGAUAUUCAGUCGCCUUAAUGGUUCAUAUCCGACCAUCUUAACUUUUAACAAACUCUGGUGGAUCAACAAUAUUUUUUGGCCCAGCUACUCUUUCUUUUGUUUUUACAUAUCGUUUUACUCGGUCAUCUAUUACGAUUUCAAAUAUAAAAACUAUGCUGAUGCUAUCAGGAAUGGCACUAUGUCGAUUGUUAGUUUAACUGUAGCCUUUAAGCAUUUGCUUUUGCUUCGUCACCGUGUAUCUAUUAAAGAUAUUAUUGAGAAUAUCGAUCGAGAUUAUGAAGCAGCCAAGGAUUUCACUGAGGCGGAAAAGAAUACAGUUUUAAGAUACGCCCGACUAGGAACAAAUAUUUGUAAAUUCUGGGUUGUGAUGUCCAUAGUCACCGGUUUGUUGUUUCCAGUGAAGUCAAUUGCUUUGAUGGGGUACUACUAUUUCAAAGGCGAAUUCAAACUGAUCCCUGUAAUGGAUUUAAGUUAUCCUUUCAUAAACGAUUAUAAAAAUAAUCCUGUUAUGUUCUGUAUUCUUUUCCUUUCUUGUGUCUGCUUCGCUAUGUACGCCGCGACGUCUUACAUUGCCUUUGAUCCUCUGGUGCCAGCUAUUGUGGCUCAUAUGUGUGGCCAGUUGGAAUUAAUUAGCAAUAGAAUGUUGAGACUCUUUUCGAAUGCAAAAAGUGUGGAUGAAAUCGAUGAAAAUUUGAAGCAAAUCAAUAUCAAGUUGAUGGAAAUUUACAGAAUUAUCAAUACCGUGCAGAAAAACUUUGCUAUCCUUUAUGAGUUUGUCAUGAAAACAACUACUUUCCUCAUGUCGUUCAGCGCAUUUCAAAUUGUAGAGGGUCUGAAGCACAAUGGGAUAUCGGUGGAGUUCGUCUCAUUCUUCUUCGGCAGUAUCUUGCACUUCUACAGCCCGUGCUACUUCAGCAAUCUCUUGAUGGAUAAGAGUGAAGAACUACGUCAGGCUAUUUACUCCUGCGGUUGGGAACUGCAGCCCGACAUCAGAAUCAGGAAGACCAUCCUACUGAUGCUGACCAAGACAACGAAAUCCGUUGUCAUCAGGACUGUGUUCGUGCCAAUCUGCUUGGAUACAUUUGCGGAGAUGGCGCGCCAGGCAUAUGGAAUCUACAACCUUAUGAAUGCGGCGUGGGGAUAGUUCAAUACUAUUCAAAAUCGUUAGAUAUAAAUA